AUGGCGUCGACGUCCGCCGCGCAGGCCGAGAUGGUGGCCAGCCUGAUCGGCGAGAAGGUGUUGGAGACGCUGGACCAGAAGGAGCAGAAGCUGGACGAGACCAUCAAGAAGCUGGAGGAGGCCGACGACGACGAGCUCGAGCGUCUGCGCGAGAAGCGGCUGCAGGCCAUGCAGCACAAGGCGCGCAAAGCGCAGGAGCUGCGCGCGCAGGGCCACGGCGAGUACUCGACCAUCGCCGACACGCACGAGUUCUUCGAGACCAUGAAGAAGAGCGACAAGGUCGUGGUGCACUUCUUCACGCCGGCCAACGCCUUCUGCCAGCUCGUGGACGGCCACCUGGCGCGCCUGGCGCCGCACCACCUCGAGACCAAGUUCGCGCGCAUCAACGCCGAGAAGGCUGAGUACCUCGUGGACAAGCUCGGCGUCUGGAUGAUCCCGUGCAUCGCCCUCGUGAACAAGCAGAAGGUGGAGAAGAUGGUGCAGGGCCUGGACGAGCUCGGAGGCUCGGACAAGUUCUCGACGGCCUUCUUGGCCUACUACUUGAGUCUGCACAAGGUCUUGACGUACGAAGGACCCGAGCCUGAGAAUGCGUUGGACGACUGCGGUGGGGCCUACGCAUCGGGCAACGACCCCGUAGCAGCCAAGCAACAGCUGGACCAGGAACGGAUCAAUAGUAUUCGACAGAGCAUCUUCUACGACAGCGACCUGGAGGAGGACGACGACUAG